CAAAAGCCUUCCUGGAAUUAGAGUAAUGAUGAAAGUGACAUCAGAAAAUAAAAACAAAAGUGAAAGUGAAAGUAAAUACAUUGUGGGAGCAAUCCUUGCAUACAAGAAAACAGGAAAUAGCGAAAACGUCCGAGUAAAGAUCCAAUGGGACGCUGAAUUAAACACAGGAUCCUUCAAUGUAAGAAGUCAAGGGUCUUUAAAUAACCAACAAUUGCUUCUUUUCGACACAGGGCUUAAAACAGAAACUGAAUGUAUACGAUGCAGUAUAAAUAUAAAGGGGAUUAUUUGGAAAAAUGAAAAUAAUCAAGCAUUCUGUACUAUGUGCUAUAUGAGGUUUGCAGAUGAAUUUAUUGGCAAGUUUACCUGGGAAUGUGGUAAAACGUUCUGUAAAGAAUUAUCCAGAAAAGAGGCACCUAACAAAUGGACAGACGUACUGUUGUUUGUAGAGAACGAAAGUGUAAAGUACCAGACAAUAGAAACGAAGAAGACAUGCUUGUCUGUCUGUGGUUUUCGAAAAGCUUCCGGAAUAGUUAAAAAUGAUAAGCUCAUGGGCAAACUGACCCGGGAUUCAAUUCUACACCCAAUGACUGUACAAAGUAUCAAUGGAUCCAUCUUUAUGAGGGACAUAUGUGAUUUGAAAAUUCAGAUCGGGAUUGAAAAAAAUAAAGAUUGUCAUUUUUACUAUCAAGAUCAUUUACAACUUCUAGGGGAAGAUGAAACAGAAUUUUAUGAUGCACAAGUAAAGCACUUCGACAAGAAUCAGGAACAAGUCUCUAAAAUUCAAGUUCAAGUGUGGAAAAAAGAAGCCUCUGUGAGCUGGGAAAACUCUUAUAGACCAGUUCUUCAUUUCAUCUUCGUAGACCAAAAGGAUGAUAUUCUUCAGGACGUUUUGAAUCUUCUAAGUCAUUCAAGAAUAUCCUGUCACUUGGUUUAUGACCAAGUUGUACUCUGGCACAAUCGUCAAGAAAAUAUUCAAAGUUGUGGUGUGCAUGAAAAUACCAGAAAGGAAACAAUUACCAAAUUGCUUGACAACAACUUUAGAAUGUUCAAAGUUAUGAAAGAAGAAAGUAGUAUCAACAAAGAUGAGAGAAAAGUAAAAGGAAAGAAAAAGAGGAAGGGACUCCUGCAAAGAAAUAGAAAUUGUUCCAACAUCGGUUACUUUAUUGACAUUGCUGAACGUUUCUUUGGAGAAAAAGUUAUGCCCGUUAUUGUUACGUCAUAUGCAAUUGAAGAGAUGGAGAAAUGCAUUCAAGAUAAAGCCAAUGAGGCGGAAAUACCAAUUUUAUCCUUCGAGGAUUCUAGUUAUGUGUCCGUAUUAUGGAGUUCAGAAUCUUGCAUGAAAAAAGGUAGUAAAGUGAAAGAAGAAAGUUCAAAAAGAGCAACAAAUCUAAACACUGAUUGUUGCUUUCCCAGAGGAUGUUUUUGUAAGAAUAUGUCAUCAGUCAGUCCAAACAAUAAUUCUAAAACAGAUGAAGAUUUGCGUGUAACGGAAGCAAGUGAAAGUAACAUGAAUAUGAGUCAGCCAAUUACUUCAAAAGAUAAGAAGUUAAAAUUGGAAAAUAAGUAUGAAGUAGAUCGGACCAAACCAUGGAUUGUGCGAGAGUGGCAAAAAGAUCAAGCAUUAGAAACUGAUAUUGAUAACCAACGAUGUUUGAUAUCCAAAGCAAUCAAUAAGGACUUCGUUCGCCUGGUAGCUUCAACUAUUGUUGGUGUUGUGAUUCACAAACUGAAGUCCCUACGAAGAAGAUCACAAACAGUUCCGAGAGGAGAAAUGCUGCUCUAUGUUAGAAGUCUUUCCUGUCAGUUAUUAAAGGACGGUCAAUGGAUGUUUCCAGGGGAAUACAUCAGCACACUUAAGACUUUGGAUGAUAUAUUCAAUCAGAAAUCAAUCGAAUAUAUUUACGAAAAGAAUAUGAAGAAUGAAUUCAAAUCCGGUCUUUGGGAAGAAUUAAGGACAGCAACAAAAUCAACAUACCGUCCACCAAAAAUUACAGAAGAUUCUCAGCUGAUACUCACAAAAGAUUGCGCAGGGGUGGAUCUUGUGUUUUUUGCCCUUUUAAAAAAGAAACGAUUAGAUGGAGGAACACAACUUAUAGAAAAGGGUUGUGUUGGUGUUAGAUCAAUAUUGAUUGGGGCUAAGAUAUUAGUCAAACACACAGAGGAAUGGAGAAUUUCGGAGACUGAAAAAAAGGAUUUUGAGGAUUUGGCAAUAAAAUUCAGUCAACAUGCUUUUAGCAUCAUGAAUUACAUCCAAGAGAAAGACGAACUGGAAAGACUAAGAAGUCCAAAAGGUUGGGUAAACAAUAUAAAACAUUUCUUCAUCAAAGAGGAUGAGGUGUCUGGCAAAGCUGGGAGACUACUUCUGAAUCAUGGUUAUUUAGAUGUUGCAUAUAAAACAAAAAAUGAAUGUUUUCUGGAAAAUCCCAAACUGAAGACUAUGAUCAAAGAACUCUGGUAUGGGGACGAGUAUCAGUCGAGGAGGAAAAUAGAUACUAUUCUCAGACUGUUUUUGUGCAUCAUGCAUGUUUUCAUCAUGCCAAUCAUGCUUUUUACCUUGGAUAAGCCCUCAUGGAUUUACAAAAAAUAUCACACGCCUAUUUUGAAAUUAUGGAUUAACACGGCUGGGCUAAUGUCGUUUCUGGCAGCAUUUGCUUACAUGCUUUUGUUUGACUACAAGGAAAAUGGUGUAUCUCAAUCAGAAUUUGCUGUGCUGUUUUGGAUUUUGAAUAAGUCUGUGGAUGAAUUUCACCAGAUAUGUGUAGCAGUUUAUCGUGACACUAAAAGAAAGAGAGAAAAAAGUUUCUUAUUGGAAUACGGCCAGGACAUGUGGAAUCGCCUCGACCUAAUAAUAAUUUUAACAUCGUUUCUUGGAUUCAUUGUUAAGUUAUUGUUUGAGGAUGACUUUCUCCAAGGGUUUGCAAAGAUUAUGUUUCUGAUCUCCUAUAUCAUGCUAAACAUCCGGGUACUUAACAUGUUUUGGACGUCAGAGUUCCUUGGUUCUCAGCUUGUUAUAAUUCAGAAAAAGAUAAAGAUAACAUCUGCCUUCAUGACGAUUAUGAUCGUUAUAAUGAUGUGUUACAACGUGGUGGACUAUGCUCUCCUGUAUCCAAACACUGAGUUCACAUGGACGGAAAUAGAAAACAUUGUCAGAAAUGGUUAUUGGACGCUUUAUGGUGACUUUCAGGAAGAUGUUGGUAAUGACUGCACAGACAAUGCCACACUUUAUUCGCAGGGCAUACAACAAAGAUGUCCCUCCUUUCUGGGAGCUCUUUUGUCUCCUUACCUGAGGGCAAUAUACUGUUUAAUCGCUAUCUUGAUGCUACUGAACAUGCUGAUAGCAAUUUACACGAAAACAUCGGAUUCUGUACAUGACAAAUCAAGAAUAUACUGGUCACAAUUACAAUCAAAUUUCCUUGAAGAGUACAAAAUUAGAACAAUAUUUCCUGUUCACUUCAAGAUUUGCUGCUUAGGAGCACUAGUCUUUCAUCUUCUGAUAUACAUUGUUAUGAAGAUGUAUGGCAUACAACGUGAGGAGCAGGCAUUAUUUAUAAAAGUUCUCGUGUUCGAUGAUAAUUUUGAUGUUGAUCCCCAGAAAGAAACACCCGAGGAAAUGGCCGAAAAGAACGGAAUUCUGGAAAUGCAAGGAGAACGAGAAAAUGAAGAUUUUGAGGAAAAAUCGAUAGAGCAAAAUAUCAUAUCUGGACAAAGUGACACCGAAGAAGAUGGUCAUCAAAUUAACUGCAAGCCUCCAGAUGAAGAAGUUGACAAAAAGAUUAAUAAAAUCAUACAAGAGCUGAAUGAAGUCAAGCGUGUAUGGGAAAACAAGGAUAUUCGUGAAAGGAAGACAAAUUCGUUUUGAUAAGGAUACAAUGGAAUAUAUUAAAAAAGAAUUUUGAACAUGUGUUACAAGACAGUUCUAAGUUAAACUAUAAUCUU